CCCUGCAGCCGGGGUGGAGCCAAUAGCCGAGCCAGAGAGGGAGGCAAAGGCACUCCCAGCCAUGGGCCCGGAGUGCGGGAGGUCCGGGGGGUCUCCCGUGCUGCUGUUGCUGCAGCUGUUACUUCCCGCGUGUCCCCUGAGGAGCGCCCUGAUGUUUCCAGGAAAUGUCCCUGGAGAGCCAGUUACUCCCCACUGGAUCCUGGAUGGAGGACUCCGGCUCAAAGUCACCCUGGAGGAGCCGAUCUUGAAGCCGGAUGCGGUGCUGGUGGCUUUAGAAGCUGAAGGCCAGGAUCUCCUGCUUGAACUGGAGAAGAACCAGCUCCUGGCCCCAGGAUACACAGAAACCCACUACAGCCCAGAUGGGCAGCCCGUGGUCCUGUUUCCCAACCACAGGGAUCAUUGCCACUAUCGUGGGCGUGUGAGGGGCUUCCUGGAAUCCUGGGUAGUUCUCAGCACCUGCUCUGGGAUGAGUGGCCUGAUUGUUCUCAGCCGCAAUAUCAGCUACUAUCUGCACCCCUGGGCUUCUGGGGACAACAGGGACUUCUCAACCCACAAGAUCUUCCGAAUGGAGCAAUUGUUCACCUGGAGAGAGAACUCCAAAUACAAAGCAGGAAUGGCCAGCCUUCCUCAUGUUCUCCAGAGCAGGGUGAGGCGAGAGGUCCGCAGGAGCCCCAGGUACCUGGAACUGUACAUAGUGGCUGACCACACCCUGUUCUUAGUGCAGCACCAGAACCUGAAUCACACGAGACAGCGCCUCCUGGAAGUUGCCAAUUGCGUGGACCAGAUUCUCAGGUCUCUGGAUAUUCAGGUGGUACUGACCGGCCUGGAAGUGUGGACGGAACAGGAUCGUAGCCACAUCACGCAGGACGCCAACGCAACCCUCUGGGCUUUCCUGCAGUGGCGUCGUGGGCUGUGGUCUAGGCGUCCACACGACUCCACGCAACUGCUCACGGGCCGCACCUUCCAGGGCACCACGGUGGGCCUGGCGCCUGUGGAGGGCAUGUGCAGUGCAGAGAGCUCCGGAGGUGUGAGCACAGACCAUUCGGAACUCCCCAUCGGCACAGCAUCCACCAUGGCCCACGAGAUAGGCCACAGCCUGGGCCUCCGCCAUGACCCCGACGGUUGCUGCAUAGAGGCAGAUGCAGAGCAAGGAGGCUGCGUCAUGGAGGCAGCCACAGGGCACCCGUUCCCGCGCGUCUUCAGCGCCUGCAGCCGCCGCCAGCUGCGGACCUUCUUCCGCAAAGGGGGUGGUGCGUGCCUCUCCAACACCCCUGGCCCGGGGCUCCUGAUGUUGCCCACCCGCUGCGGCAAUGGCUUCGUGGAAGCAGGAGAAGAGUGUGACUGUGGUUCUGAUCAGAAGUGCCCAGACUCCUGCUGCAUUGCCCACAACUGCUCCCUGCGUGCGGGGGCGCAAUGCGCCCACGGCGAUUGCUGUGCGCAGUGCCUGCUAAAGCCCGCAGGCACGCCUUGUCGUCCCGCUGCCAGUGACUGCGACCUCCCUGAGUUCUGCACGGGUGCCUCCCCGCAUUGUCCUGCAGACAUUUACCUCCUGGAUGGCUCACCCUGUGCCAAGGGCCGUGGCUAUUGCCUAGACGGUUGGUGUCCUACGCUGGAGCGGCAGUGUCAGCAGCUCUGGGGGCCUGGAUCUCAGCCUGCCCCUGAGCUCUGUUUCCAGGAGAUGAACUCCAUGGGGAAUUCACAGGGUAACUGUGGCCAGGACGGCAAGGGCAGCUUCCUUCCUUGUGCACAGAGGGAUGCUCAGUGUGGGAAGCUACUGUGCCAGGGCGGGGAGCAAACCCCAUUUGUGCUGCAGCGUGUAGUGACUACGAAUCCCACAAUUCUCCUCGGGGGUCAUGGGGUGGCUUGCCAGGGAGUAUUUAUCCUCCCUGAUACUCAACUGGACCAGCUUGACUUGGGCCUGGUGGAGCCAGGUACCCGCUGUGGACCUAAAAUGGUGUGCCAGGAUAGGCACUGCCAGAAUGCUACCUCCCAGGAGUUGGAGCGUUGUUUGACUGCCUGCAACAACCAUGGGGUUUGCAAUAGCAAUCAUAACUGCCACUGUGCCCCAGGCUGGGAUCCACCCUUCUGUGACAAGCCAGGCUUCGGCGGUAGCUUGGACAGUGGCCCUGCACAGCCUGCAAACCGAGACGCCCUCCCACUGCCCAUGCUCCUCAGCUUCCUGCUGCCUCUGCUCCCUGGGGCUGGCCUAGCCUGGUGCUACUACCGGCUGCCAACACUCUGUCAGCGACCCUGGUGGUGUUGCAGGAGGGACCCCGUAUGCAACAGGACCAUCGACGGCCCCUGCAGGGACCACCCGCUGGGCAAUGUUCACUCCUUGGAGUUUGGCUUCAUCACCACUGGAGAGUCCUCACCCCUGGAGCCAGAGAAUUCUUACUUACCUAAGAACUACCCUAAGAAGCUUGUGCCACGCAUACCUGCCUGA